AUGGCACUCUGUGAUUGGUUACGGGUACGCAAUAACCGCCGUUUGACGGGAAUGAGUCACAGGAGGAGAAAAACUAGCAUGGAGAAAAUCGAGACCCCUGACGCGAGGCUACGUCGGGCAUUUCCCUUCGGGUUUCAAACGGCGGUUGGAAAUGUGUGACGUUGAAUACAUAAGGACAAAAAAGUUUAAGAAACUGAACUUCAUCAUUACGUAUGUUCUGUGGCCAAGGAAACUGAACACUUCGAACAUGUGAUCGAAUGCACAUCUUAUCAUUUAAUGGAGUAUUUCACAUAUUGUACAUACGCCUGAGCGCCGUGCUCAUUUCAAUUGUUACAUGGCUGUAGCAACGUGAAAGGAUAAUGGCGUUAUCCUCAGUUGCCGCCUUAUCAAAUAAUGCGGAGACAACAACAAAUACGGGAGUACUUCCGGUUCAAGUAAAAAAAGAGACACCUGAUGAGGCUGAAAUCAGAGAAUUGGCAGCAAAGAUGGUGGAAGCGAAUAAAGCGAAGAUGGCAACAACUGCCAGGCCACCCGCUCAAUCAGGCCAAUCUAAUCAAGUUCCAGGACAUCUGGUGCAACCAGGGCAACCGGGAAUAAUGAAUUAUUUUUCUCGAACUGCAGCACAAGGGAAACCUAGUGCAGAAAAGGAUAAGAAAACAGUGCCCGCAGGAGAUGGGGAUAAAAAGCCACCAUGCGAUGAAGAAAGUGCACGUGGGAAAUUUGGGUGGGUGACGCUUGGAAAAUGUCAUAUUCCAUUCAUUUUCCGGUACAGUGAAAAAUUUUGUGCAGUGCGAAUGGUGGAAAUGAAACUUCUUAACAAGUACCUGAGUUAUUUACAUUCUGACAUUUAUAGCUGCACAUGUAUUCGCAGUUAUUAUAUAACAGAUAGUGAAGCCAGGUUGUUGAAUGAAAUUAAUGUGAAACAUUGUGAGGGGCAGUUUGGGAGAGAACCUUUCACAACCAAGGACUUAGUAGUGCGUCUUCAAGAUGCUGGAGAGUUUUAUAACUUUUUAGAUGUUUGUUACAAUAAGCUGUUACAUAGUUCAAGUAAUCCAAAGGAUAAGUGUGGCUUUAUUCGUAUUAAUGGUGAAUCAGUUGUGCCCUAUACUGUGCGGGAUAAUUUUAAGUAUGUUCCAUUAUUUUAUUUUGAAGGUGAAACAGAAAACCUAAAAUUGAAAGCAGAUAAGUUGGAAGGCUGGGAUUUGGCAUAUUUAAAAUUUUGUUGCAAAGUGCAAGGGAUACGCAAUGAAUUAUUUGCGAGUGAAACUUGUUCAGUUAUUAGUUUAAACGAUAUUAAAAGUUAUUUUCCUCCUGGCACAGUGUUUGAAGAUUACUGGCCGAGCAAAGUGGUAGAUUCUCAGCUUCUUAUUAGUAAAGGUGGGACAGCUAGUGCUGGAAUGUGGACGAGGCAGCCUAAUGUCCCACCAGUGCAACAACAUUCAGCAGCAAAUUCGUCUUCUCUCCACCAAGUAGCAGCCACUAACAAAACAAUCCCUGCUGCACCAACUUCCACACAGCCUAGGACAGCACCUCUCCCUCCUGCACCUGUAGCACCAUCUGUAAAUUUGGCUGCAGCUGGUGCAGCAGCUGUGCAGGCGAUGUGUAAUGGUUGGGCAGCGGGACUGGUUGGAGGGCAAUCAACGUAUCAACAAAGUAUGGUUCAACCAGCACAAGUCAUUAGAAUGACGCAAGCCUCCCCUUUGCCUAUGCACAAUCUCAGUUCAAGUGUUAAUAGUACUUCUCGAUCAUAUAAUCCUGUGCGUCCAAGGCCUGGUCAUCAGUAUUAUCCACAGGUUUCGGUGCCCAUGCCUCUCCCAUCACAAAACCCUAAUCCCAUGGCUGUGGCACAACCUCCACCACUAGUCAGAGUUUCUGGUGCCCCUCCUUCUUUGGGUUAUCCAACGUAUGGAAAGGAAGACUGGUCGUCCGGCACAUACACCUCUUCUACAGGCCUGAGUUUGCCAAACGUUUCUGCUAGUUCCUUACACUUAAUGGGUCUUAGUGACCAUGCACAUCAAAUGUUGCCCCCUCCUCCACAUUCUAGUUCUCUCCUUCAUGCUCACUCAACUUCUCAUUCCCCACAUUAUUCCCCUCCUGUCAUGGGAACUGCACAAACUCAGCAGCGUCAUACACCACCAAGUAAUAAAUUCCCACCUCCACUUAUUCCUGUAAAUGGUACCUCAAGGUAUCCAAGCAAUGUGUUCUCUUCAAAUGCUGAUGUCAUCGAUUUAUCUUCUCCUCCCCAAUCGCCACAUCGAUCAACAGUGGGAAAUGGUCGUAGCAGCAGCAGCAGUAGCAGUGCCAGUAGUACUGCAGAUCCUUUGGCUCCUACUCGGAAGUUAAUACAGAUCAAUGAAACUCCUACUUCUGGAAAUCACAAUCCAUAUCAGGUUCAGAAAGCACUUGUGGAAGGCAAGAUGGUUCCUUGCAUCAACUCAAAACCAUUUAUCUAUUCUGAACUGCUGAUGACACUGCCGGAUCUUGUGAGCCAUUUCUUCCCUUCUGUGCCCCUCAACAGCUGUCGUCAAGUUCUUCAGGAUGUUUUGCAAAUUGACCUGUAUCGUGGGAAUAGGGUAUGGAACACUCUUUACGAGAUCUGUGGGUUUGAGACUCCGCAGACAGAUGAUGAAGCUAUGAAAAGAAAGGAGGAGGAUGGGACAGAGAUGCCAAUGUAUUGA